GCGACUCAAUGAGCAUGCGUAUGUGUGGAAAUUAAAGAAAUGAAUGAAAUGAUCUGUUAAAUAUAUUCGAGUAAAUAAAAGGAAACAGUAGUUAUUUGCAAUUACUUUUAUAUUUAUUUUAAUAUGGAAGCAGAAUAGUAGCCAACAAUGGAUUUUGAUAGCCCUGAUGUAAUGAAAGAAUUUCCUGGAUUGUACGGAACAGAAUCCAGUAAGAAAUGUAAAGAUGAUAGUGACUUUAGUGAUGAAGCCGCGAAGAAUGACUCAUUAAUUGGCAAGAAAAAGGAUAAAAAAGAUAAGAAGGAUAAGGAAAAAGGAUAUGCAGCCCUAGAAGGGGAGAGCUCUGGUGAUGACAACUCAAAAUCUAGGAGUCCUUCUAAAUAUAAAAAAGCAAAGUCUUUCAAGUUCAGUUCGAAAUCCAAAGAAAGGAGGGACAAAUCUAAGGAAAAAGAUGUUAUAGAUAAGAAGAAAGAAAAAGACAAGAAGCUUGAAAAAAAAGUAGAGAAAGGAAAAUUAGAUAAACAUAAAAAAGUCAAGAGUGGCGAGGAGUAUUGCAGCCUUGCAGAUGCGUUGCCAAUAUUUGGAGUUAGUUUAGAAUUAUCUGUAGAAAGGAGCAAAUGCCAUGAUGGUCUAGAUAUUCCAUUGCCUGUGCGGCAGUGUAUAGAUUAUUUGGAAGUAGCAGGAAUGUCUUUUGAGGGAAUAUAUAAAGUCAGUGGAACAAAGUCUAAAGUUGUUCAAAUCAGAAAAAUGUUCAACAAUAGGGAAAAUGUCAAUUUAUUCGAUUAUGAUGUACCAACAACUACCAGUCUACUGAAAAUGUUUCUGAGGGAUUUACCAGAUCCACUUUUCACCAACGAUUUGUUGAUAAGAUUUGAAGAGGCAGGUGCUAUUCUGAGUUCUGCAACAAGAGAAAAGCACCUUAGAAUUCUUAUAGACAAUUUACCCCCUUUGAAUAAAUUAUUAUUAUCCUGGCUACUCAUUCAUUUGGAUAAUAUCAGUUUGAAUGAACGAAUCAAUAAGAUGAGUCGGACUAAUCUAGGAGCUUCACUCAAUCACACUUUUCAUGUAUCAUCAAGACUCCUGACGGCUCUUAUUCAGCACAGUAGAGCUUUAUUUCCCGAAUUAAUUCUAACCCGUUAUGUACCACCACUAAGUGCUGGAUCCCCCCUUCCUUCUACUGCAGAAGAUAUUCAGAAAGAACUAGAGAAGCAAGAAUCCUUAUUGAACCAGAUUCAUAUGGAAAUGAAUUGUGGAUGUAUAAUUAAGCAGAGGGAAGAACUCCUUUGGGAAGUCCAAAGGAUUAUUACUCAACUGAAGAGGAAAAUGAAGAGCUUUCAAAAGGACAAAGAUGUAUCACAUCAUGAGACGAUUGAGAAGAACCCUUCCAUCGCAACAAAGGAGGAACAUCUGAAAGAAAAAAUUGCAAACGAAAUAUCUUUUCCCUCUGAGUUUGAAAUGCCUGAUGAUUGGAAACCACCUGCAACCCAAACUGAGAAUGUUGAUUCAGCAGUUUUAGCUCAAAACUUGUUUUCUCUCAAAACUGAACAAUUGGUCCAAACUACACCCAAGGUUGAAUCGAUCUUUGAAACUGAUUCUGAUGAUCGUCACUUUGACAGAGAACAAUCACCAGAGUUGAAAUUUCCUCAUAAAAUUACCGAUUUCGAAAAUUUCGAGGAUGUCGAGCCUGAUGAGUUUUUCAAAGUGCAAGAUAGUGGGAAUCUUAUGAAUAUAGACAAGGCUAUCUCUCUCAUGAGAAUAAAGAAUAAUUAUUUAUUGCAGCUUCGUGCAAAUCUUAUUAAAGCCAUACAGAUUGAACACAAAGAAAUUGAUAAUCUCCUAGCCCAGUUGAAAAAUAAAAAAAUUAUUCCAUCUCUUGUGCAACACAGUGAGAAUUUGGAUAAAGUAAUGGAACUUCUUCACAAAGAAAAUCAGAUUUUGCAAAUUAAAAAAAUCAAUCUCGUGAGACAGAUCAUCGAACAACAAGAAAUAUGUAUAGACUACAAAGCAAAAAUUGAGCUUCAUAGCAGCUUACAAAAAUAGUUGGACUGAAUAACUAAACUACACCAUGACAUUGAAUUAUUUGUUCAAGGUUUCUGUCCAACCCUUACUGACAUUGAGGGAAAGAUUAUUUUUUUAUAGCCUUUAUUUAUAUGAAUAAUUGUGAUUUGAGAUUGUUGAACUAUGCAAAAUAUUGUAUGUAUGAAUAUGAGAAAAAACGUAGAACAACUGGCCCCCUUAAGUUUUUUAUUGACGCUGUUAACAAUACAAAUAAAUUAUUAUUAUAUCUCAGGAUA